AAUUCAGCCCUCUUUCGCCACUGCCGCGGCCUGUAGGUGUUCUUGAGAAGGGGGGCCACUCACUGCAGCGCGCUAUUUUUGACAUGAGCACAGACUCGCGCGGCGAUUGGCUGGCGGCGGCGCUUGCGCAGACGCGGCCGGGCCGCCGCCAGUGAGUGCGCCGCCUGCCUCCACCACCCGCCCUCACUCGCUACCACCGCUCCACCACGGUCGCCCCGACACGCCGCCGCCGCCGCCACCCGACACCACAACCACCCGACACCACAACCACACACGGCUUCGGCCACCACCAUCACAACCACAAUUACCACACCACCUUCCUCACCGACGGCUGGCCACUUAGCUAGCCACCUCUAGAAGCAAAUCGGGCAUGUGGGCACAGCGACACCACGACGAGCGUGCCCCCCGCCAGUACCAGUGUGAGAACCUCUAGUGUGAGCUGACGACGGGCAGUGCCAGGGCCGCCACGAGCACGUCGGGAUGGCUCCCGACUCUAGAUUACUCGCACCUGUCACCACCGAUGUUCACCCUUCGUCGUCGUCCUCCUCCUCCUCCUUCUCCUCAUCAUCCUCGUCGUCUUCGCCUCCUCCUCCUCCAUCUCCAUCUUCAUCAUCGACGCCAUCUCCUUCUGCCUCCUCCUCCUGCUCAGCUCAAGUCCGCCAAGGUAUCUUUCGAACUCCUCCUCUAGGAAGGGAAGGCCUCGUCAGUGCGGCCACCUCCUCCCUGUCCUGUGCCAUCACAUCCUCUACCUCCUCCUUCCCAUCAGCAUCAUCCACGUCAUCACAAUCACAAUCAAAAGGCCCAUCUGGCUCGCUGGAUGGGCUCAACCCAUCAAAAUCCUCAACCCCUCUGGGCACAUCAUCAUCUCCUUCCCCUUCGCCUCCUCCUCCUCUCCCUGGGCCCCUGUCGAAGUCAUGUAGCGUCACUCGUGCUUCUUCAAAUCACUUCUCUCCCAGUUCUUCGUCGUUAACUAGAUCUACUAUGUUACCCACUUCAUUACCUCCUUCGUCAUCCUCAUCCUCCUCCUCCUCCUCCCCUGAGGCCACGGGGUCACAGAAUUCCCAUCCUCCCAGCUCAACCACUUCCUCCUCCCCAUAUCCUGCGGAAAACGUUCCCAGGUCAUCCAGUAGUUUCACUUUGCAGCGACAAUCUACUUCUACUCAUUGCCCUCAUUCCUCACCCUCCGCUUCCCCUGCCAGAAGAACCUCAUCAUCAAAUUCCCCUACUUCUACUUCUACUUCUUCCUCCUCUCCUCCUACAUCUUCUUCCUCCCGCGAAGCCGUUCUCCGAUGGUCGUUUUGGCCCCUCGUUCUACUCAUCGUCUGUCUUCCAAAAGAGGCGGCAUGCGGCCAAUACGAACGGCGACUUCUCCACGACUUAUUGGACAACUACAAUAACUUGGAGCGCCCAGUGGAUAACGAGACGGAGCCUGUUGUGGUGACCUUUGGCAUCACUCUCCAACAGAUUAUAGACGUGGAUGAAAAGAACCAAAUCCUAACUACAAACGUAUGGUUGAAUAUGGAUGAGAAGAAUCAGCUCCUAGUAACAAAUACAUGGUUAAAAUUGGAAUGGAAGGACGUUAACCUAAGAUGGAACGAAUCCGAUUACAAUGGAGUGAGUGACCUUAGGAUUCCGCCUUAUAAAAUAUGGAAACCUGAUGUUUUAAUGUAUAACAGUGCCGACGAAGGUUUCGACGGAACUUAUCCAACGAAAGUGGUGGUGUCGUCCAACGGAAACUGCCUGUACAUCCCGCCCGGCAUAUUCAAGUCCACUUGCAAAAUUGAUAUCACGUGGUUUCCUUUCGAUGAUCAACGUUGCAAGAUGAAAUUCGGCUCGUGGACGUAUUCCGGAUGGCAGCUGGAUCUGCAGCUUCAGUCGGAGGACGGUGGGGAUCUCAGCGAUUUCAUCAAGAACGGAGAAUGGGAUCUCAUUGGUUGUCCUGGGAAAAGAAACGCCAUAUACUACAAAUGUUGUCCCGAACCGUAUGUAGAUGUAACCUUUGAGAUUGUCAUAAGAAGACGAACUCUCUAUUAUUUCUGCAACCUUAUUCUGCCUUGUGUCCUGAUUGCGUCAAUGGCGGUCCUCGGGUUCACACUUCCACCCGACUGCGGCGAGAAGCUAUCUCUAGAGGUUCCUGGUGUGCGAAAUGUUCAGAACUACCGAUGCUGUCCAGAGCCGUAUGUUGACAUUACCUUCACCAUCAAGAUAAGGCGUCGCACAAUCUAUUAUUUAUACAAUCUGGUUCUACCCUGUGUUAUGAUAAGCAGUAUGAGUUUGCUAGGCUUCUCGCUGCCUCCGGACACUGGCGAAAAACUCACACUAGGGGUUACCAUUCUCCUCUCCCUGACAGUUUUCCACAAUCUGGUUACCGAGACGCUGCCCCAAGUAUCGGACGCCAUGCCUGUGCUAGGCACCUACUUUAACUGCAUUAUGUUUAUGGUUGCAUCAAGUGUCGUUAGUACGGUCCUCAUUCUCAAUUAUCACCAUCGGUCGGCGGAAACCCACGAAAUGUCGCCCUUGGCUGGGCCGCGGAUGAACCCUUGGGUGAAGAGCUUGUUCUUGCAAUGGCUGCCGUGGGUGCUGCGCCUUCACAGGCCGGGAGAGAAGAUCACAAGAAAAACUAUUAUGAUGAAUAAUAAAAUGAGAGAGCUGGAGCUGAAGUGUCCCUUGGAGGAACGUUCGUCGAGAUCCCUACUAGCAAACGUGCUCGACAUCGAUGACGACUUCCGCGCCCACACUCUACCCCACACCCACACCACCAACAACACCGCCGGGUUCAUGCGGGUUCCACACGGGGGGCACUCGGUGGACGACACCCACCUGGUCCACACUUGCAUGUCUUCGUGCACCAGAGAACUCAACCUGAUCCUGAAGGAGAUCAGGGUUAUCACCGAUAAGAUGAGGAAGGAUGACGACGACGAGGAGAUCGCCAACGACUGGAAGUUCGCGGCUAUGGUGGUCGAUCGCCUGUGCUUGAUCGUGUUCACUCUGUUCACCAUAACGGCCACCAUCGCAGUGCUCCUGUCUGCCCCACACAUCAUAGUCCCAUAACCAGAAGGCCAGAUGACCCCUACGCUGGAGCCAUCGACAGCACAUGAUGACCUUAUGAGGGCAGCAUUUCCUCGCGCAGUUCCCGGAGGUGGCAACAGUGUAGAAUAUUUGUGGCCCUCAGGCUGCAGGUGUUUCCGUCAUCUGGCUCUCGGGUGUUCCGCCCCUUCAGCCGCUCUGAAGACAAACAAAUAUCAAGCCCCACUGACGCCGCCGCCUCUUCUUCUCUUCUUCAUCUCCGGGAAAAGGGGCGAAAGGGGCUGGCAACCCCACCCCCCAAAAUAUUAUAUAAUAAUAAUAAUAUUAAAUAAUAAUUCUAAUAAUAAUGAUAACAAUAAUUAAUAAUAAUAAUACUUGUUCUGGUCACGAUGCUUCCAUAAGUGCCAAAGGCCCGGCUACGCCCGCCCCCCCCCCCCCCCCCCCCCCCCCCCCCCCCCCCCCCCCCCCCCCCCCCCCCCAGCCACCACCCCACAUCUUCUCCCCCGGCCUAACGAGCGACAGUGUGACAUCAUCGUUUUCAUCACCGUUUCAUCAUUCCGUCAUCAUUUCAAUGCCACGAGGCAGCCUUUGCUCAUAAGACAAACUCUUGUGUCACGGAGAGUGGCACGCCCAUUCCGCGCUGCCGUCUCCUUCGGUCUCCAGUAGUACUGCCGCCUUCUCGCCGAUCAACAGUGGUGGGCGGGCCUCCUCCUCGCUGACCCCGAGUCGGGCACGGUCAUUGGGACACAGGGGUGCCAAGACAAGACAAGACACGCGCCUUCUGGGCUGACCCUCACCGCAGCUCGGUUGAAGGGCCGGAAGCCGGCGUCUCCCUGUUCAUGUGGUGAUUCUGCAACGAUUCGUUCUUUGGUGGUCGUGGAUCUCGGAGGUCCUCUCGCUCGCCGUUCAAAGCCGUUUUUUCAGAGGAGAAGAAGAAGAAGAAGAAGAAGAAGGGCCCUGGAUGAUGGUCUAGGGGCAGCUCAGAGCCGCUCGUCGCGGGAGUGGUGGAUGGAUGGAGGAUGCACCGCCUCGAAACGCAAGUGCAAUUGCUGACGGCAAGAGCCAGCCAGGGGCGCGCGAACCUGGUGUGUCGUCGCUGCCAGAUAUUUUGUUCCAUUAGAUGACAGUUGCUGCCGCCCCGGGCCAGGCCUUCGGCCGCCGAAGAAGCUGCUGCUGCUGCUGCAAGCGAAGAAGGAGCUUUUGUCGGGGAACUCGCAGUGGGGGAGAACUGGCGGAUGCCUCCCGGCGUCGGCAGAAUAUAUUAUGUGGGCAGUUGGAGUGGCUGUUCCUGAAAACCGCGUCAACAAUGAAGACGUUCAAAACGCUCCCGGAAAAGAGACAAGAAAACAGAGAAAAGAUUUCUAUAUCCGGAGAAGGGCAUCUCGUCGAGGUAGGUGGUGCUUGGGCCGCGCGAGAGAGCAGUUAAUUAACUGUUAGAUGGGCAGGCGAGUGGCGGCAUCUCGUCGCAGGCAAAAAAGGUCGCCUCCCACAAAAUACAAACUGAUAAGAAAUCCUUUUAAAGAAUGGACUUUUAGGCGCUUCUGAGUUCUGGUUUUAUAUAAUGUACACUAUUACUAUGACUUCAAAUACAUGAGUUAUACGCCAUAAUUUUUUGCUCCGGCUGUACGUCACGAUGACGUCACGUACAGGGUGUGUGUUCCCUUUGCUCAUUGAGUCAGUGUUAUGUGAUUCUGAUGUUAUUGUAAGCAUCAAAUGAUUAAUAGGAUACACACGUAUGGGUAUACACGCGAUGUACGUUUGUAUAUGUAUAUGUGUGUAUACGUGUGAGUGUACGUGUACGUAUGUAUUCACGUGCGUUUGCCACCAUGUGCAACAACUUACAUACAUACAUUCACGCACACACAAACACACGAACCUCCUUUCUCUUGAACUAUGUAAGUCUCGAUUAAGAGUCUCCCAUGCAAUAAUCUCGAAGUUGUUGUGGAUGGUAUGGGUGUGGGGGAGGCAGAGAUCUGGGAGUGGGUAGGAACGGUGUGGGGGCUGUAUGGGGGGAUCACGUCAACGAACCACUACAAAAUAUUCCUAGUGUGGAAAGUCUCUCUCUCUUUCACACAUCUCUUAACUCUCUCUCUCUCUCUCUGUCUCUCUCUGUCUCUCUCUUUCUCUCUCUCUCUCACAACAACCACCCGCCCCUCCGUCUUCUCCACCCACACGCACGCAACUUCGUAACCCCCCUCCCCCCGCCCCCCCUUAAAUCCCCGCGCGUUCCCACCAUUCAAGUAUAUAGAUAUACAUAAAAUAUAUCAGUGUGUACAUAGUUUUUUUUUCUAAUUAUGAUUUACGAAGGACAUGAGUAUAGGAGUCUAUUAAGUAGCGCAUUUCUGUUGCCGAAGUGACUGAAAAUCUUCAAAGAUGCAUUUAAGUAUAAUUGUCACCAUUAUUCUCGAUUAUUAUCAAUCUCCUUCGAACCCCGUUGAAGAACACGCGACAGAGAGACAUUACACAUCGGACAUAAUCCACAUAUACGUCGUUGUUGUGUUGCAUGCAAAAGGAAUUGCACGCAAAAGGAAAAAAAGGAAAUAAAAAAAUUAAGUUACGUUGGAAGGGAACGAAGAAAACACCUCUCCCCUACUGUUAGUAUAUCACUCGGAAACCAACAAUCGAAAUAAUACAAAAAUACCAUCCAUAACGCGCACGCAAGAAAUUCAAUUUAUAUAGUUUACCAAUUCAUUUAUAUUCCAGUGUACUGCAUUCUGAUGCAAUUAACGUUAUAUAUGAACGAGCAAAAUUCGCUGUGCAGAUGAGCUAAAUUUUCAACUGGCGAGGGUAUACUAACAGACAGACAUCGAUCAGAGUGGAUUACAACCUUAUUAAGAUACCCAGCUCCUCAUAGAUAUACGAAUGCCGAUUCUACUCGAUAUCAAAAUCAAACAAAUAUAUAUUGUUACAUAGCAACAUAAUGUCUAUAGAGAGAGAGAGACUUGCUGAUAGAUAUAUCUAUUAAUAUGUUAAGAUGCAUCCAUUUCAACCUUUCCACGCUGUACAGUAGUUGCUCAUUUCUAGAAAACGUUCUCUCUCUCUCUCUCUCUCUUCCCCACCUCUCUCUCUCUCUCCCUCUAGUAGCGCUGAGGGGAUGGGGUGAUUAAAGACGAAGAGAAAAAAAAUAAUAAAAACACCGAAAGUCUCCUGUGACACUGAGAGGGCCAGAAGUCAACAUUCAGGUCCAGCGCCUGCGAAAGAAAGCUUGUCGGUCCUUUUCUGAACCUGGGUUAUUUGUAAAGAAGUUCUUUGCGUUCAUUUCUGGCCGGUGUCUUCGCCGAGUAUAAUCCAACCCGACGGACGAGUCCUGACCGACAUGGUCAUCCAUUUUCCAUUUCCUUUUGCGAGAUAUACUACUACAGUCCUAGACACAAAGAGAAGUCUUUCUCAAAAUCAAGUUUGAGGUUCCGGAACAGCCAUUCUCAACUUCUUUCUGAGAUAAGCGAUGACGACUCAUCUUGAUCGGUGGCUUCCAUGAUUCUCUCUCUCUCUCUCUCUCUCUCUCUCUCUCUCUCUCUCUCUCUCUCUCUUCCACGUGGCUUCUCUCUGCCACUCGACAGUGUCGCACUUGAACUGGAGGUUGGAGAUUUGAGAUGGGGCGUCGAGAAGGACAAAACGGGAAUUAAUAAGAGAAAAAAAGAAAAUGCAUCUUAAAUUUAGACCCUCAUUCCGUUUGCUUUGUAAAACAGUAGCCUGUUAUUCCAUUAAAAAGAAUAAUAAUAAUGAUAACAUGACUUUUGAUUACAUGUAUAGCCAAAUGUAUACAUAUUUAUACCAUUUUAGAUGAGAGAGAAUAAAGUAAUCCACAAAACGUAAUAGAACCUCAGUUCGACCCACUGCAUCUCCCGUAUUUUCUGUCUGGCGUAUUUGACGAGAAUCUCUCUUGGCGCUUUUUUCAUUUAUCGCUGUACAUACGGGUAACUCGCUUUCAUUUUCCUAUAUACUUAUUAAGGGUCCCCUCUGAAGAAUGACGAUGAUGAUGAUCUUGUUGCUAGCUUAGUGAUCAAGCCAAGUUGUUGUUAGGUAUAUUUGGACAUUUUUUUGUUUUUUUACCUAUCACAUAUACAUAUUAUAUAUAUAAAUAUAAAUAAUAUAUUAAUAUAAAUGAAAUAGCUUUCAUAAAAGAGAAUAAACGUAUUUAGGGGAGGUUGGUUGCUUUGCCAAGUUUAAAAAAAACAUAUAUAUAUAUAUAUAUACAUAUAUAUAAGGGGAGGCAUACACUUUCGAUAGCUGGACGGUAUCAUGUCUUUUCAUACUGCCAGGUCAGAAGAAAUCAAUUUAUUGAAUAGGAACUUCUUAUCCUCCUUCAUCAACUGUUACUCGGCCUCGUCUGGAAAUGGGAUGAAUCUCUUCCUCCUCCUCCUCCCUAUUCCUUCUCCACCACCACCACCUCCUCCUCCUAUUCCUAUUCCUUCUCCAACACCACCAUUAUAUACCUCCUCCUCCUCCUCCUCCUCCUCCUUUUGAAUGAGGGAAGCAGAGUCCCCCUUCGUACAGUCACUCCUUUUCGUAAGGGGGACGAAUGAGUCUCAAGAGAUAAUGCUGUUGUUGUUAUGUGCACCUAUACCACGGUUAUUCUCACCGGGUCAAAACAGAGACUAGUAGUGUUGACAAUACUGGCGCCGUAUCUGGAUUGAAAUUGUUUAUAGUUUAUCAUUACGCAUCUGUUCAUUAUUGUUAUCAUUAGUGAUUUUAUCAGAUUGAUUAUAAUUAUACGAGUGUUACAUAUAUAUUAACAAUGUCUUUAUUAUUGUUUCAUUAUAGAUAUCACUUAUAUUUGUUCUUGUUCUUAUUGAUUCCAAAGUCUCGCGGAAAAGUAAAGCUUGUGGUUCCGGCUUUCCUCGUCAUCGUUUCAUUCACUUCUGGGUAGACUGGAAGGAUUAUCAAAAUGAUUAUCAAAAUUGUUGACGCUGUGUUGAUGAAAAUAAGGCGAAUUUCAACAUCCCGACGAGAGUGGAAUGAAAGCGAAAAUAAUAUACCAGAAAAUGUCGGAAAAACGAAAAAAAAAUAUAUAUAUCAAAAGCAGCUGCUGCACUCCCUUCUGCAAACGACGAGCCUGAGAAGCAAGUGAAUAAUCAUGUCAAAGAACUUGUUAACAAGGGAGGAGAAAAUAAACUGAAUAAUGACCCAUUACAGAUACAGAACUUGGAACAGAUAUUUUUAAUCGAAGCUGACACGAGACAGUGUUUUCUUAGGGGGCGAAAAUUUUCUAAUGACAACUAGUGGUUUUUUGUGCGCGCGCGCGUGUGUGUGUGUGUAUGUGUGUGUCGUUCGUUGACUUACACAGUUGGAAAUUUGCAAAGGAAAGGUGAAAACGAGCGAGUGCUGCUACCAAGUGGUUGCCUUAUGCGUCUGUGUCUGUUGCUUAGCAUUCGGAACAGCGAAAGGUGGAGAUGAGGAAACCGGUGAGACGUUUAGAGAGGGAAAUGAUGAUGAUACUGAAAAUAUAUAAAUACCUUGUUUUGUUUUUUGUGAAUUUUAUAAGGAAAAAAAAAGUGAAUGUUUAGUGCUACUAAGAAUCCUGAAACUGCCCAGUCAAAACAAGAGACAGACAGAUUGGCAGUUAUUCAUUGUAUCUUGUAGGAAUAAUAUUAUAAUAAUAAUACUAAUACUACACUUUUUACCGUUUUACAUAGAGAGGAACACUAGUGUUUAUAAGUGGAGAAAACAAUAAAAAGACAAAAAGACUGUGUCAUUCUAGAGCGGUGUUUGUAAAAAAAAAAAUAUAAAUAAAAAAGAAGUCUAUUGUAAACGGGUGUUAGUACUCUUUUUAUGCCAUGUGAUUGGCGCCUAAAAAAAUGAAUAUAUGUAAAAAGUUUUAAAAAAAUGUCACCGCAGCUGUGAUAGUGAUUCUGAUGGUUCGAGAGUGUUUUGAAGUUGAGGCAAAAACUUCCUUCUUCAUUGUCUCUCUCUCUCCUUGCAUAGGACAAGCGGAUCAUCCCCUAGUCAUGGAAUGAAUGAUAUCAGCGACGUCUACGAAAAGAAAUGAAUAGUCAUUAAAAAAUAAAGGAAACCAGAUAUCAGCUACGCCAAAACAUAACGACUCGUAAAAUUGUAAAAGAUUGGCUGUGUCAGAGAUGUUGUUGUUGUUAUUAUUAUGAAUUGAUUUUUUAGGGAUAUGUAUCACGACUGAUCAUUGCUGUCAUUGUUGCAAUGGAUUACGAUCAUCAUGACAAUUAUGGAAUCCUUAUGGUUAUUGUGCGUUAUUGUACGAUGCGAGUGACGAGAGGCAGGGGGUGUGUCCUGGUUAGCUGUACAUGUAAUACUCUUCGACCUUAUAAGUUAGAUAUCGUCUUGACGACCUAAUGGUAACCCACGCUUUAUCCGAAACGGCCCUUGCCUAUUCCCCGUCCCUCUCGCUUUUUUCUUCUCUUUUUUUUUAUAUUUUUCCCCCUUUUUGGUGGGGGCGCCGCCCCUUUAAGGCGAGCGCCUUCGGCGAGAGCGAUGAUCCCACGGAGGAAUAACACAGGGCCAUCUUGACAAUCCUGUACGUAAAAGGGAUACAUGGGGUAUAAUUGCUACUGUUAAUUAGUAUUAGUUAAACUAUCAUAUACAUUGACUGAACAUUGUUAUUACCAUAUUAGUUUGGCUUCUAAAAGGGUGCUUUCUAUCGUGUAGAAUUUUUCUAGUUAUCGCAUAUCUUGGGCAGUGGCAGGAAACACUUCGAUUAAACAUGGUGGUUAAUGAUUUCAUCUUCUGUUUUUGCGGCCUCUCUCGCUCUACCACUUCUUCCUUCCUCCUUCUUCAAUCAGUUCUCUCUCUCUCUCUCUCUCUCUCUCUCUCUCUCUCUCUCUCUCUCUCUCUUUCCCUCUAAGUCUCUC